AAGAAGCAUCACAGAUUAUUGAUUUGCAUAUUCACAAUUUUCAAUUCAAGUACGCAGCAGUGAAAUUUUUAAUCCUCCAGGAAAAUGUAGAAAAUUUGGUCACUUUCGUGUUGCACAUCAAAGAAAUAACCUUAGAAGCGGAUAUGGGAAACCGGCCACUCUAAUCAAAACAAACAAAAAUUGGGUAUUGCAAACAAUUAAUUAAUAAAAAAAAUCUUGAAAAAGUGAAAGAUUUAUCUACUGUAAAUCGUGCACAUAAAAUUCGUAACGAAAAACAUGGAUUUCCCACAACAAAUGGAAGAUCAUGAAAUGGUACAAUAAUUGGCACAAAUUGGAUAACAGUUUUCCUAAACUCGAAAUAUUAAAAAAAAUCCUCUCCAAAUCCUUGCAUAUAAAGUGGAUAUACCUACAAAAUAUUCAAACGUGUAUACAUUAUUCAUAUAUGUACAUACCUAUUUUUAACUACGUAUAGAAAUAUUAGUGGAGCGUCCUCCAUCAUCUUUCGAUGUCAUAAUGGAAUCGCCAUUGUGUACUGUCAACACUUUCGAUCGAAAGGGACAAGCUAACAAAAUAGGCAACAAGUUUGAAGCCACUUCGACGUUGGACAAAAUGAAUUCAAGUAUGAAUAGCACAUUGGAGGACACGACGCCAAGUGAUUCUGGAGUGCAGAUGAUGGAUUCUGAGUCCAGUGAAUUUAUGGUUGAAUCAAUCACUUCACAGACAGGUUUCGAAUUCGAAGAAUUAAAAACAUAUAAUGCACAAGAGCGGUCUGGUAGUAAUGAACAGGUUGCUGUUGUGGCAGCGCCGCCACCUCCGAUCGAAGAGCGUCAUUUCGUUAGUGCAGCAUUCGAAGAGAUUUUAGCUGGCGUGGACACUAAUUCGAAUGUAACCAUCAUAAAUACGACAAACGAUAACACCACAACUAACAUCCCCGUCGAAGAUGCAAUGACCACAAGCACCUGCUCUACAUUCGAUACCACAGAAAAUAUUGUAUAUCGACGUAAGGCGCGCAAAGCAACCGUUACACCUAAGGCGCCCAAAAAGCGCGUUUCCUUCCACGAAGAUAUACUCAAGAAUACUCGCACCGACAACAUACACAUUGAGCAUGGCUUCAUUACCUACAAGUCGGGCCGAAAAGCACUUCAGCAUGUUGGCGUUGCAGGACGGUAUUCAUGGUGCUCAGAAGGUGAUGGUGGCGCUGCCGGCGGCGCAGCAACACAUACAGAGCUGUGUGCGCAUGCACACGAAGAUGAAGCGGAACAAAAUAGUCGCGAACAAAGGCGGCGAUGUGUGGUGUAUCGCAAUGCUUGUUCCGACGUGCUUGACUACGGAAAUUCUGAUGUUUACGAUAUGGAGGAACAAAAAGCAUUGCAAUAUGAUAAUUCAGGUGUCUUUGAAUAUGUACCAAAAGAGCGUAGCGGUGUAGCAGAUGGUGUUGGUGUAGGUAAUGGUGCUGAUGGACAACAGGUGUUGUAUCGGUGCUCAUGCUCUAGUUCGAAUUCCAGCUUAGACUCAGAUGAAAAUGACAAAAACUCAAACAGACAGCAGUAUGGGCAAGCGAAGAGCAAUUCAUGCGAUUGCAUUGGCAUGAGCAAUGCCAACAAUAAUAUAAUUGGCGAUAACUGUUACUUCUCUGAGCCAAAUAUCGACAAUUUAAAUGAGAAUAAUCAGAAAAAGUCUGUGUGGAACAAGGAGAAGAAACCAAAGUCUAGUUGCUUGAAGAAACCUAAGCGAAACACCAGCAUCAUCUACGAGCAGGAUCUGAGCACACGAGUCAAAAAAUUCAACGUACAUGACAUGAAUCAACUAAUCGACAAUAGCAGCAAAAUGAUAAUUGGCUCGUUGAAGAGCAUCUUCACUAUGCCCCUACCUGAACGUGGUGUACCCGAAGGCUCGGAAGAUCUGCAAUCAGUUGUCGAGUGUAUACCAGAGUUGGAGCAACAAACCCCCGAGCACAAAUCGUCCAAACUAGCGGAUGAGCAAUUUUUUUCACCUCCCUCACCACCACUCAAACAAAAACCCUUCUUAAGCAAAAGCCUUGAUGGCUCCAAAAAGUCUCAAGGUGUUAAAAAGUUUGUGCACAAUGUUGACGAGCAAUUGCGUCGUAAAAACGACGAUGAAAUGUAUGCACCUACACGUCAAAGCAGCUCUGAGAAAACCGCAACAACUGACACGCCUAGUAGAGUUCUGCAAAGACAGGAAGAAAUCGACGCAGAUCAACGCACUGAGCUACUGGAUGUUGUUAUGCAAAACCAACUGAGUGCUAAACUUAAUGAUGCCGUCAUAGCUACGCAACAGCUGCAGCCAGCCGCUGAACAACCGCCACAAUUUCGCAAUAAAUUCAUUGUUAAUUGUGAGAGCACCGUUUUCGAGCACACAGGUGUUUCCUAUUGUUAUGACACAAAUGAAAUGCUUGAUCUUGAUUUGGAUACGGCAGGCAAUACGCCUGGUAGUGUCGCUUCGAGUUUGCUAUUGGAAAAUGAUACACCUAUUGCACAACCGGAGCCGGAUCAGUUGCGUAGUGCCUUUAGCGCUGCCCCAAUCGCAAAAACGUUCUCCAACUUCUUUCGCAGUCUCAAUAAAGAUUCAACUACAACACCCAAGGCAAAGAAACCAUCAGCGGCUUCCAAGGCUAUUAACGUUGUAGAAACUCAACAGAGAUCAGGCGUUGAUAUGAAGUUUUCGCCAAAUGCCCACAGCAGCCCUUUUACCGAUACCAGUGAACUUAAGCAAUCAAUCAAGCAUCCAUUACCAAAUACCAUUUCUUCAUCCACAAUAUCCGAGCUAACUAAUACGAGUGCAUCUUCAUUACCGCCGACACAGUCGAAAACGAACAGUAUUUCACUUACUGUUGGUAGUGCAGGCAAUAGCAGCAUUAACAGUCUGGCUAUAGGGCAAGACUUGCGUGGUAACCUCGAAAAGCAGCAGCGUCACUUACCUUCCCCAUUGAAAAAGCGAGCUAGUGGCGGCAACUUGGCCGCACAGCCACAACGUUAUGGCACAAGUCUUGGUAGCGCAAGCAAUACCUCUGCUUGCCCACCCGAACCGUUCUUGCUUAGUCCUGAUCUCUUUAAUGGCGGCAGCACCAUCGGUUUAGCAAAUAUGUCGACGGGUGGCAGUGGUGGUGCGACUGGUGGUUACAUUGGCGUCCGUGGUGGUUGUGGCCGUGAUUCGAAGAGUACUAUACUUAGCGAAGAAUUUGACGAUAUUAUAACCAUUACGACUGAUACGGAUAAAAAUGAAAGCGAUAUUGUUAUUGUGGAUUAUCCCAGUGAGAUUAGUGAAAGGCAAGCAAUGAGUGACUAUGCAAAUCUUUUGAAGCCACCACAGCCAAACAAUGCAAAGACAUCGUUGAUUAAUCGCUUUUUGCGCAAUGUCACACAGAAAAAGAUUCUCGAGUCUUCGAUACGCAAAAAUAAUUUCUUUGCAGGUAAACUGCGUAGUGAGCAGCGACUCUUCUCUGGCAAUUUAUAUGUGCCAGGUGUGAAGCCAAAGAACUAUGAACUCAUUGAUGAUUUGAAUGCCGAAAUAGCAAUGGAGAUUGAAAUGUCGGGCGCUAAUUCGCCGCGACGUGAAUUGGCACAGAUUGACGAUAUGCCAGGUGAUGCGUCGCGUUUUGAGCUUGGCAUUGGUGAAAUAUCUAUUGAUAUUUUUAAUGGCAGCUAUUUGCAUAUACUGCGCGAUCCUACAGAGCAGCUUAUGAAGGUCUUCAAACUGUAUACCGGCUACAGCCGAGAAGGUUACAUGACGCCUGUAUUGGUCUUUCUUACCGAUCGCAAAUUGUACGUUACGGAUUUGGUGCGAAAUCGUUUAUGCUCUAAGUUCGUGCUCUCCUACGCUGAGCUGGAUGUGAUACUUAUGGGUCCCUUCGGCAACACGGUUUUACUCAGCAAUAGCACACGUGACAUGCAACAGGUAUUGCUUGCUGGUGGGCCUUAUCCCGCUGACGGUUUGGUUGCUAAUUUGGAAAUGUGUGCUCGGCGUAGUGGCUCUUCCUUGCCCGCUGUUGGUCAGCUGUCGUUUGCUCACCUCGCGCCCUUGCAAGAAUUCGUACGCGAAAAUUCAUCGGUAGGUGCUAAAGACACUUGGAUGUAUUAUGCGGUGGUAAAUGUGCCAGCUGGCUUUUUGGGUAGCGAACAAGAGCCUUUGGGACCGCAUGUAAAGGGUUUUCUUAUGCAUCGACGUAUCAAAGAGCACCAGUCCAAUUACAGCGGCAGCAAGCACAUUUGGAAUCCCGGUUAUUUCUUGUUGAAAGCUGGUGUGUUGUAUAUGUUCAAUGACUCGACUCAAAAAAUACCCAGUUGGGCUAUGGCGCUUGCCGAAUGCCAGGGUGCGCGUCGCGCAGUCAAAGCAGGACGUCCGCAUUGUUUCGAAAUUAUUUUGAAAGGUCAACUAUUGCAGUUAGCGGCACCUGAUGAAUAUGUGGCCUCCGAGUGGCUGCAAGCGCUACUGCAGACUGCGAGUGGUCUAUUUGAAAUGCAGGAGAAGCAUAAGACACUUGGUUGCACGCUGAUAGUUACACAAAAUCAUUUGAUCACUUUACGUGAAGAUUUUUCAUCGCCACUGAAGCAAAUUAAAGCUGAUACUGAAAAGAGGCCAAAUGCCUUUGCAGAUGUUGGUAAAGACUUUAAUAUUGGUAUUAAUGAUGAAUGCAGUCUAACAGCAGGCGAUACAGGAAGUUUGCUAAGUUCCGCAAUGAGCACACCAACGCGUUUUGCACAACGCUCCUGUUCAUCUAUGAAUUCUACACCCACUAAACUCUCACAGCUCUCGCAAUCCACAACCACAGGUGGUGGCAAUACCACACAUUCAACUUCUACCAAUGCCACCACCACGAACGCAACCUCAAUGGGCACCACUACCAACAUCACCAACUAUUCGCGACAAAUACAAACAGAAUGCGCCGCUAAGGUGGCCGAUGAGCGUUACUCGAAUAUGUAUAGCGUUUAUGGCAAAGAUUCGGGACUCGAGAUACUCACUUGCGCGGAUAUAAAAGAAAUGACUGGCAUUAAGAUACCAUCGCACAAUGACACAUGGUGGUGUGUUUUGGAAUUUUCUUGUCAGGAGGUGCGCGAAAGCACCGACGAUUUGGUGAUCUUCUUUGCGAGCAGCUCCGAAAUGCAACGCUUUCUGCGGCUACUUGAACAAUUGUGGCAGGCAAAGAACAAUGAUUUAUUCCCUAUAACUGUGUUGGAUGAGGAGGACUUGAUAGCUGAGCAAUGCACUAUGCUUUAUAUGGAUAUAAACAGAGCGUGGGAGCCACUUUUAUCCGCCGCUAUGGGCUAUCCAUUGUGAGCCGUUUAAAGGGAGUGUGCAGACAGUUAAUGAAACAAAGGAAAUAACAGUAUAUAGACGUAUUUUUGCAAGUGAAAUAAGAAGAACGAAAAGUGAUGGUGACUAUUAAUUAAGCAUAAAAAGGCUUUCAAACUCUCAAAGCUUAACUUAAACUUAAUUCAUAUAUGAAAUAUUUGAAUGCAUAUUUAACACAUACACACACAUAUUCAUGGAGAGUAACGAAUACAAGAGGAAAGUUGUUUAACAAGCAAAGCAGGUACAUAGUUUAAGAAAGAAGGGUUGAAAAUUAUUUAGAUAUGAAAGUAUGAAGAAAAUGCUGCUUUUUGUUCGUGAAAAUAUUUAUUUUUUUUAACGUACAUUAUAAAUCAUUGUUUUUUGCAAGGUGCUUAAAAGGUUUUCGUAAGAAAAGCUAUUGAUAUUAUAUUUAUUUACGAAAUGUUUCACUCCUUCGCUCGUUUUGUGCGUAAAUUUUCUCUAAUAUUCUCGCUAAAUUAUUUCUUUAUUUAUUUAGCUAUAUUUCUUGCUGCAAUUUUUGCAUAUCAUUGCAGCUAAGAUAAUUUGUUCAACUCAAAUAUUCAGUAGUAUUGUUGUAAACAACAAAAAACAAAAAUCACACUUGAAUCAUUUCAUUCAACAUCGCCAUUAAAAUUAAGAUAUUAUUUUUAUAGUGAAUUGUGAUAUAUUCAUUUAAGUUUACAUUUGUAACUAUUUUUUGUUAUAAUAUUUACAAAGUAUUGUGAUUAUUUGAAGUAAUCUAAUUUGCGAUCGAAUUAUUCGCCAUUCGUUUGUAAAGUGAAAUCAAAUAUUUUAUAUUUAAUAUAAUUUUUUUUGCAUGAUUUAAGUAGGUUGGUGGGUUGCCCACAAGGAUGACAGAUUAUCAGUUUUGGCUUUCAGCUAUGGUGAAAAAUGGAAUGGAGUGAAUAACUUUGCUGUCACGUCACCAAGCACUCGGCAGCAGAAUUCUGCCCGCUCAUUUCACGCGUGUUCACACACUCGCCCAAUUAGUCGUUGUUCAGACAGCAACAAAACAACAUGAGUGGGGACUCCUUCAGUUUUUUUCGUAUAUCACCAGCACAAUCUCAGUUAUUUCGUAAAAAACAGCUGUAAUGACCGCGCGUACGUCAGCCUAUCAAUUGAUUCUUUCAAAUUCGCUGAGAGCCGGUUAACUGUAUGAUAGUGGACACACCUUCUAAAUUUUGUUCACCAUGGAUUGUCCAUAAUUUGCUACGGUGAUAAUUUCCUUUUUAAGUUCGUAUUAGCUCUGUUAAGAUGAGGCUGUUUGCUGUGUAGUUGUGUUAGUGAAUAUUAAUUCUUCUCAAAUUACUUGCACAUUUAAACAUAAAAAUGUAUUUUUCUAACUUUUGACUACCUUAACUACGUCUGGAAGCAUCGUAGCCUCGUCGUUGAGAUGUUGCAAAGGAGACAUCCACUUAGUGCACUGCGAAUCACUAGUGUCAGGCGACCAGAUGGGCGCAGCGUAAGUCAGAACCGAUCGGCCAAUUAUUUUAAAUGUCCCCGACCACAUAUCUUUGUCUUUUCCCCAAGUGCAACCGGUUAGCGUUUCGAGUAUCUUUUUUGCGGUUUUGGUGGCAAUUCCGGAUGUAUGCGCCGAAAAGGCGAGCAAACUUUUGAAGGUGACCCCCACAAUUUUAGGGAUAUUUAUAGUCGUUAUUGGUGUGUGUCGUCGACUUUCGCCUCUAAUUAACCUCUUUCAUCCAGGUGCUAAGGAGGGCCGCCCUGGAUUUAGUGGGUGAAAGCUUGAGACUCCACACAGUGACAAAGCGAAAGCGAAGGCUGGCGAAAUAAUAGUUCACUUUGGAAGACAAGCCAUCUUUGUCAUCGCCGGAUAUCAUUAUCGAACAAUCGUUAGCGUAGGCAGCUUCGAAAUAUGUAUAAAAGUUGGAAGGCAAGAGUGAAUGAACACCACCCUGCGGCACUACUUACUUUAUCCUCCUUUGUUUUGAUUUUCGGUCUCGAAAAUUACAGUAAUUGUCGACAACACAAGUAGUUCGUGGACCACCUUUUUUUUAGAACCGGCGGCAGGGUCGACUGUUAUAUACUAUCUAACAGCGUGGAAUGGCUGACGGUAUUGAAAGACUUCGACAAUUUCUCCUCUCGCUGGGAGUGGUUUUGGUGAAGCUCACGAUUAGCCUGUGUAUUUAUAGCGGUGAGUGCUGUGGUGGUAUUGAGCAGUCGGCGGAAGCCAUGCUGAUUUGUAGACGGGGUCAGUUUUUUCGUGAAAAGCAGCAGUAGGAAGGCUCAAGUGUUAGUACAGUAAAUCCACCAAGGUAUUCAAAAAUUAAUUUAUACACUUUUAUGAAAUAUAAAAUAAUAUAUACUUUAUUUGCACUUUUUAAAUGUCAUAAUAAUUUAUAUUCACUGAAGCACGUCCUUCACCACUCGAUGCUAAAGUGCGAUAUGAAUGAAAUUUUUUAUUUUUUUAAGUUCUUUGCGUACAAUGACUCAGAAAAGUCAUCACUCUUAAUGUAAUAGUGUAACAGUGUUUGGGCGGAUAGAAAUCCAGGUCGUUCCUUUAAAGUAGAAUCGACUGUCGUGAGAACGAGUUUAAUGUCGUAGUCUCAGAAAAUAUUACCAACUUCUUAGAGUUGCUGGUUCUGGAUUUGACUAGGCACUUUGUUGUAGGAAUUGCAAAUUGUACAUUUUUGGAGAAUACCACUGAAGUGCAAUCCUUGACCUGCAUAUAAAUUCGUGUAAUUUCGCUUGUAUAUAACUGGCUAUUGCGUGGAAUCGCUUAGCGGCCUGCAGUAUUUUUUAUAUAUAAAACUGAGAUUAUUGCAGGGCUGUGCUUUCACGGAUGAUUAAAAAUGAUUGAUAAAUGUACUUCAAACACUAAGCGUUUUAUUCACAAAUCAUCCUUGACUCCAAAUGGAAUGCUGUUAAUAUAGAAUUGAAUUCUUAACAAAUUGAAGUGUGGUAAUUUUGCGAGCUACUGUAUUUCAAUCAAUAAUGCUUUCAUGUAUAAUUUGUUAAAUUUAAAUUUUACACACUUAUGUACUCCACUGUAUUUAGCUAGGCUUGCAGUUAUAUUUGAUGUGUUUUUGCAUCAUUUAUCGCUUUCAUGUUGUGAAUUUUUUUUGCCAAUUAAUUAAUUGUAAGUUCAUUUUUAUUUAAUUCUAAGCUUACAUAUUUUUAUCAGCGUUGUAAGUUGUGCAUUAUUUUGGCAGAUGUGUGAGCGUGCGGCAGCCGUAUAAAAUGCACUUGUAGAAAACCGCACAAAAAAAUAAAUUAGUGAAAUAAAUGAGUAAGAAAUGAAGUGAAUACAAA